AUGGAGCAAAUGAAGGCCUUGAACGCCCUGGAGCCAUUCCUUGCGCUCACAAAAUCAGCAUCUUCGCCCCGCGCCGCCGCCGACCUCAUCACACGAGCAACAUCCGCCCCAAACACCUUCAUAUUCGCAGAACUACUCCAAGCACCACAAAUCCAAGCUCUCGCUGAAUCUGAAGACCACUCCUCCCAUCUCACGCUCCUCAAGAUCUUCAGCUAUGGCACUUACACGGAGUAUCGCAGCACGCCCUCCCUCCCCUCUCUCAACGAAGCACAAACCCUCAAGCUGCGCCAACUGUCUCUUUUGACACUGGCAAAGAACCAAGCCGACCUAACCUACAAAUCUCUCCUCGGCCACCUCGGCUUGGAAACCACGCGCGAGCUGGAAGAUUUGGUUAUUUCAGCUAUCUAUGCGGGUCUGUUGAACGCAACACUUGAUCCAUACCACGAACUCGUCGCCAUAUCCUCCGUUGCGCCACUUCGAGACCUGCAACCGAACUCUAUCCCUCAGAUGCUUGUUACUCUCAACGAAUGGUCAUCUCGCUGUGUCUCUACACUUGCAGAUCUGGAGCGUCAGAUCGCGAGUAUCAAGGCUGAAGCUAAGCGACGCCAUAAG